GUGAGAAAUAUAUAUUAUAUUUCAUCGUAAUUAUUAAAACGAUUGCCCAACAGUGAUAACUUAUAUAUAAAAUAUGUUACAUUUGUGACUUACAAUACAAUCCAACAUGGCAGCUCUGUACUUGAUUGUAGCUUUAUUGAUUCAGAACUCUCUAACAGAAUCAAUUUUAGAAAAUGGCGGUAAUUCAAUCGAAUCUCGGGAGGACUUCAAUACAUCCGUCGUUGAUGAUAUUAUGACAAAAGAAUUUCAAACAGGACCCUUUAACUGGAUGGACGCGUUCAUUGGAUCAAGUAAUACAGUUUUUCCGACAUCCUCUGCUACUUUAAUGACUCAAGCCACGAGUUCAAAUAAGUCACCUGAAGAAAAACUCGAAGAUAUUAAAGAAAUUGUCAACCAAAUAGCAACGUCCAUACAGAGUGAAAUGGCUAAUCUUCUCUCAGACGCGAUAUCUUGUACCAGUAAUGAUGAAACUGACAACAAUCUCAGAAAAAAAAGAUCGGUUGAAACACCCAUGGAUAGUUCACAGCUAGUCAUGAGAUUAUUGAGGCACAUCAAGUCUAAUAACGAAUACCAGAAUAUCGCAAUUGAAAAAAUGAUGAGUGCUCAAGAAAUCGCUGAUAAAUAUGGAAUCAAUUUUACUCCAGAUCCAGAUACACUUUCUUAUCUCGCUUUGGCUGCAAACGAACAAGCUAAAGAAAUGUCUGCUAUUUUUAAAGAUGCUAUCGAGUUGAAGAAUGUAACCCAGAAUGUUCCUGAGCCAAAUGAAAAAAUAGAUAAAGUUGAAAAUAUCCUGAUUGAUUCUUCCGAAACAUUGAAUGAAUCUUUUGAAGAAAACGAGAAUAACCAGUACAAUUCAACUGAUUAUAUUUUUGAUUUCGAAAUACCUGAAGAGAAAAAUCUUACAGACCAUUCAGUUGCACCCGAUUACAAUCACGAUAACUGUUCAAUUGAAUCACAAAUAGAGUGUCCCCCUGCUCCUGCUCCUCAGUAUUAUGAUGCACCUGUCAGUCAGCGGCCAAGUUUCUAUGACAUCGUUUCAGAUGGUUCAACGCUAGAAUAUUAUUGUUCUAUGGAACCCGCCACAACUACUAUAUUUUUUUCAAAUGAUGAACCAGUGCAACCAGAUUCGGAAUUAGUAGCUCAAGAAUUUGAAGAAACAGUAUCUUCUAAAGUGUACAUAAAUCACGAGGAAGAACCUGAUGUGUCUACAGUCAACCAUGUUAUGAGUUAUACAAUCUCCGAGAAAGCUCAUUUUAGAAGACCUCACAUUGAAAGUUUACCUCAACAAAUGCAAUACUACUUUUUACUAAUGUAACGAGUUAAUAAAUAGGAUAUUAUAAGUGAUAACAUUAGAUACAAUUUUUUAUGGUGAUUAUGCUUUGUGAAAGAGGUUUUAAAUAUUGUUUAUUUAGAUAAUAAAUCCCUUAAAUUAAACAAGUUUAUUUAGAAAUAACUAUACAAUAAUAAUAUCUACAUUUAUUUUAUCUUUGGGUACAAUUUGGCACUUAAUUACUGACUGGUAGGCACUCAUAAAAAUACUCGUCUGUAAAUAUUCUAAGUUAUUUAUAUACAACAAUAAAUGUAUAACCUACUUAAUAACU